GCGCGCUUGCGUACUAUACUCCGGGGGACCCUCACUCUCAGCAUAACAGUCAUUGAACUUGGGGCCCCUUGAGAUGACUCAAACCCAGAAAUCCUUCCUGAAAAUGUUACAGACGAAAAAAAUAAAACAAAAUAAAAUCAUGCAAAGAGAUAAUAAGACACACACAAACUUGGCUUUUUGCUAAGCCCAUAACAAGAAUUGAAGAGACAUUCAACGAAAGGAAACAAGGAAACAACAAGAAAAUAUGCCCGAAAUGGAUAAUGAACACCUAGACUUCAUCACGGUGAACACCACCCUCCCAACCCUCCCCCUCCCCCCUCUCGCAACGCGCAAGCCCGUCCUCACCGAGCGUCUCAUCCUCAAGCCCGUAAGCCAAGACGACCUGUCCGCCCUGCACGCCAUGCGCUCGCAGCCCGAGGUCAUGAGGUGGGCCGUCGCCGGCCGCCCCGACGCCGACCUCGACGAGACGCAGGCCUGGCUGGACCACAACCUCCCGCCCAACGACGCGCACAACUACAACUUCACCAUCUGCCUCCGCUCGACGGGCGAGUUCGUCGGCCUCGGCGGCGUCAAGCGCAUCGGCCCCAGCAGCCCCGGCCUGCCCGGCGGCGAGCUGGGCUGGCCCGAGAUCGGAUACCUCUUCUGCAAAGAGGCCUGGGGCAAAGGAUACGCCACCGAGUUCCUGCGGGGCUUCGUCGGCGCGUGGUGGUCCCUGCCCCGCUCCGCUGCGCCUGCGCUCCGGGUUGAGAAGAGCGUCGUCGGGGAGGAGACCCGGCUGUCCCAGGAGCAGCCCGGGUCCGAGUCCGAGUCCGAGGUGAACGGGGUAGCCGUGGUGGCCGUGGGGGAGAUUCUCACCGCCGUGACGGAGCUGGACAACUUGCCCAGCCAGAAAGUCUUGGACAAGACAGGCUUCCGAAAGCUCAAGGUCUGGACGGAACGCGAUGAAAAGACGCAGCAGACGACGACGCUUGUCGGCUAUGGCAUCGAGGCGCCGAAAUAGGAAAACCCCCAACCACAAUGCGAUAAUUGGAACGGCAGCACUGAAGAUGGAAGAGGAAAAUGUGGGAAAGGAAGGAAAUUCACCACUGACCAUGCGUCGUUCGAUUAAACCGCCCACCCAUCCCUGGGCUCUUUGCGGCGUUCAGCUCCAGAUGGGUGCGUUGCCGCAAAACCUUGUUGGUCUACCUUAUUUAAGUUGGCCAAGAGAUUUUUUUGGGAGGCUCGGCACCACCUCAACAUGGGGCAUACCCGGGUUUUCUAGCUCUCGAAUGGAAUUGAGAGCGCCGUAAUGAUGGGGCCAGCCAGUACGGCGCGGAGGUCGCAACGAGGACGGCAUCGGACACGAGACUCGGGGUGGAGAACACAGCUUCGGACAAUUUGUGUCGUCCGUGAUUCCUCCGAUCUCAUCGGGGCUAGCACCGCCGAUGUUUCCCGGACUCCUUCUCCGGUAUAUAGUAGAACAGAUGACGC